CAAUUAACUAUUACAGAAAGACUAGGGACUAAUUUGGCCCUUUGGCCAAUUUAAAAAAGAAAACAUUUUAACUCCAGUUCCUCGGAUUCAAUUGGUACUGUACCAUCAUCUCUUCUUCUUCCCGCCACACUUACAACCACACUCACGAGUUAACGGCCGCCGUAAAAGAAUGGUCCAAUUCCACGAGCAUAUAAUCACAGACCUUCUAGAAGAUCCCAGCGGCGGACUCGUAAUACUAUCAUCCGGUCUUUGCCUUCCAAAACUGAUAUCCUCUCUUCUCCUUCUCCACCACUCUUCUCAAGGCACUCUUUUAAUUCUCUCCUCUUCUUCUUCGCCUUAUCUCAAAACCCUAAUUCUUCACCACCACAACAACCACCACAAUAUCACCGAAAUAACCGCCGAUCUUCCCGCUCACCACCGCCUCUCGCUCUACACCUCUGGCGAAAUCUGUUUCAUCACUCCGCGAAUCCUAAUCGUUGACCUUCUCACAAACAAAAUACCUGUCUCCGCUCUAUCCGGUAUAAUUAUUCUCAAUGCUCACUCUUUAUCAGAAACUUCAACAGAAGCUUUUAUUGUACGGAUUUUAAAAACCCUAAGUCAGUCAAUUUAUGUACGUGCCUUCACCGAUAAGCCACAUGCUAUGGUGAUGGGGUUUUCCAAGACGGAGCGUAUAAUGAAGGCACUAUAUAUAAAGAAAUUACACCUUUGGCCUAGGUUUCAGGUUUAUGUGUCGGAGGAGCUCGAGAGGGCUCCGCCGGAGGUUGUGGAUGUCAGAGUAGGUAUGAGUAAGUAUAUGAUUGGAAUACAAAAGGCAAUAAUUGAAGUAAUGGAUGCGUGUUUGAAAGAAAUGAGGAAAACUAAUAAAGUUGAUGUUGAGGAUUUAAGUAUUGAGAAUGGUCUGUUUAAGUCUUUUGAUGAGAUUGUAAGGAGACAGUUGGAUCCCAUUUGGCAUAUUUUAGGGAAAAAGACUAAGCAAUUGGUUUCUGAUUUGAAGACUUUGCGAAAGUUGCUUGAUUAUCUUGUUAGGUACGAUGCAGUGAGUUUUUUGAAAUAUUUGGAUACACUUAGAGUGUCAGAGAGUUUUCGAUCUGUUUGGAUAUUUGCAGAGUCCAGCUUUAAGAUUUUUGACUAUGCCAAGAAGCGUGUCUAUCGUUUGGCGAGGUCAAGUGAUGCAAAAGUAGAUGGGACAAGUAAGAGCACUACGGGUAAAAAGAGAAAACUGAAAAGGGACCGUGAUAAUGAUGACGUAGUAGCUGAAGGUACAUCAUCCACUAAUUUAAAUGGUGUUGUUGUUUUGGAGGAGGUUCUGGAGGCAGCUCCCAAGUGGAAGGUGUUACGUGACAUUCUUCAAGAGAUAGAGGAAGAAAUACAUAAGCAGGCUUUAUUGAGAGAAGACAAUCUGGCUGAAAGUGAAGAAAUUGAUGAUGGCAUUGUUCUAGUGGCAUGCAAAGACGAACGCUCAUGCAUGCAGCUUGAAGAUUUCAUCAUGAAUGGAGCGCAGAAGGUCUUGCGAGAAGAAUGGGAGAAGUACUUGUUGAGCAAAGUUGAAUUGCAUAGCAUGCCAACGCCUCAGAAAAAGAAACCUAAACCAAAAGAAUCAAAGGGAUUUGGCAUUCUUGAUGGAGUUGUUCCUGUAAUAGCUGCACAAAAUGCUGAAGCGAGCAGCAUAAACAAGCAGGAAAAUGAUGCUCUGUUGGCAGCAGUAUCAGAAAUAAGAAAUCAACAUAGAAAGGAUUACAUUGUUGAAGAUGAGCCACAGCCUCUUGUUGAUGGCGGAAAAAGUUGUAAAACAUGGGGAAAAGGGCGAAAUAAAAGAGGACGAGCAAAUCCUCAAAAUUCUGGAGAAGAUAAUGUCAACAGUGAACUGAAAAUAAGUGGUAAGUCUGAAGUGUCUAGUACAGAGUAUAAAGCCCAACCAAAUGAGAACAAUCAGCCUAUUAGAGAAGUUCAUAAAAUAGGCUACUCUAGAGCUUCAUCUAUAGAGCAAGGGGUUCUUCGGAGGCAUACUCAACAGCUAGAUCCUUUGCAGAGCAAUGCUAAGCAAAUACCAUCGGUGCACUUUUAUGCCCAAGAAAGUGACCAACCCAUACUUGACAUUUUAAAACCUUCUGUUAUUAUUGUCUACCAUCCAGACAUGACCUUUGUUCGAGAAAUUGAAGUCUAUAAAGCUGAAAAUCCCUCAAAAAGGUUGAGAGUUUAUUUUCUUUUCUAUGAAGAUUCUACUGAGGUCCAAAAGUUUGAGGCAGGCAUUCGCAGGGAGAAUGGAGCAUUUGAAUCCUUGAUCCGGCAGAAAUCCAUGAUGAUGAUUCCAGUUGAUCAGAAUAUGAAUUGCCUAGGAUUGAAUUCCUCAGUGGAUUCACAACCUUCUAGUUCCCUAAAUGCUAUAACCAGAAAGGCUGGUGGAAGAAAGGAAGUUGAAAAAGAAAUGCAGGUCAUAGUGGACAUGAGGGAAUUUAUGAGCAGCCUGCCAAAUGUUCUCCACCAAAAAGGGAUGCGUAUCAUACCUGUGACCUUGGAAGUUGGAGAUUAUAUUCUCUCUCCAUUAAUAUGUGUGGAGAGAAAGAGUAUUCAAGAUCUUUUUAUGAGCUUCACAUCAGGCCGUCUUUACCACCAAGUGGAAACAAUGACCCGCUAUUAUAGAAUACCUGUUCUUCUGAUCGAGUUUUCACAAGACAAAAGCUUUUCGUUUCAGUCAGCGAGUGAUAUUAGUGAUGAUGUCACACCAAAUAGUAUAAUAUCCAAGCUGUCAUUGCUUGCUCUCCACUUUCCCCGCUUGCGUAUCAUCUGGUCUCGCAGUUUGCAUGCUACUGCUGACAUAUUUGCAGCAUUGAAGGCUAAUCAGGAUGAACCUGAUGAGGCCAGAGCAAUGAGAGUUGGUGUCCCAUCAGAAGAGGGUAUUAUUGAAAAUGAUGUGAGAGCUGAGAACUAUAAUACAUCAGCUGUGGAGUUUCUGAGACGACUCCCAGGAGUGACAGAUUCAAACUACAGGGCUAUAAUGGAUGGGUGUAAAAGCUUAGCUGAACUCGCCCUUCUUCCUAUGGAGAGGCUAACUGAACUAAUGGGUGGUCAGAAAGCCGCACGAACUCUCAGAGAUUUCCUUGAUGCAAAGUAUCCAGCCUUGUUAUAAUCCGGAAAAUGUUCCCCAUUUUCCCAUUGACGUCCAAUCAGAGAAAUUCUUCAGGGAGAGAAAUUAAUCUUCUUGUCUUCAUGUUGUAUUGUUGAUUAUUUCAUUGUAAUUUUCCAUUUGAGCAAGGAUUUAUUCGUUUGUAGAUUUGUAAAUUAUUAUUCUCAUUAAUUUAAGGGGCUCUCUAUCAUGGUAAUAGCA